AUGUCUGAAAAACCCAAUAUGGCUAAGAUUGAGAAAUUUGAUAAAUCAAGACUGAAGAAGACAGAAAUGGAAGACAAAAAUCCACUGCCUUCAAAAGAAAUGAUUGAACAGGAGAAGCAAGCAGCCACCAUAACGGGCACUCUCAGCAUCAUGUGCUUCUCCUUUGAGGCACAUAUGAAAGUUGCAGUUGUCUACUUGUGUGAUCAUUUCAGACUGACUCCACCUGGACUACUUGCAACAUAA